AUGGCAGAGAGCAAGAAGGACGGGACGGCGGCGGGUGAGCCAGGGGAGAAGAAGAAGCGGGCCGAGUUGACGCCGUUUACGCGAGGCUUGAUACUUGGGCGGCGCAUGGCUGGGGCAUCACUACGAGAGAUCUCAAGGGCACUCAAUAUCCCAGUAUCUACGGUGCAGAAUACCAUCAUGAAGGAGAGCUCGCGGGUCGAUGGGGUGUCGAAGCCGCGCUCGGGAAGGCCCAAGAAGCUGUCAGACCGUGACAUCCGCAUGCUCAUCUCGCGCGUCCGCUCCAACCCAAGCAUCUCGUACGGCGAGCUGGCCAGUGGAAUGCCGGACAACAUCUCGAAGUCAACCAUAUAUCGGACCUUGAAGCAGCACGGAAUAACGAACCGGCCGGUCAAGAAGAUCGCUAAGAAUUAG